GCCCGGGCUUAGUAAAGUUAGGUCGUAGAAAUCAAAUUUUCUUGCACAGAUAUUUGCUAAACAGUUUUGUACGAUAUUUAUUGAAAUGUCUCAUAAUACCUUAAAAUCCAUGGGACAUGGAUAUUGUGAAGCUAUUUUUUCAACUUCGUCGAUUAAUUCUGACAAGGAGAACACCGUUCCCGCGAUGAGAACAAGGAAAAAUGUAUGUUCUUCCUUAUCCAAUGAACCAUCUGUUUCAACCAGAAAUCAAAAUAUAAGUAAGAAAACACAAUGUCCCAUACAAAAAGCACAGUUAAAACAUGAAAUAACAGAUAUCAUAGGAUGUUCAAAUAAGUUAUCUAAUAUGGAACUAUCCUGUCUUAAAUCUAUUAAUCCAGCAAAGGAAGAAAAUUUGGUUAACAAUAAUAUUGUAUCCAAUGAAAAAUUGAAGACACCUGUCAGAACAAAACAUACAAGUGGUUUGCUCAGUGACAAGACAUCGGUUGUACAAUUUUGUACACCUAAACAUUUGAAGACAAUAAAUACACCUAAUACUAGUACAAAAUUUAAUAUUUUACCUACUACAAGAACACCCAUCAAGCGUUACUUUAGUGAUCAAGCUUUAUCACAAAGUACACCUGACUGUUUCAACAUAGUUCACAUGGAAACACCAUGCUGUAAAAUUGAUGAUAUAGUGGCAGGGGAGCAAACAAUGUACGAAGGUGAAAGCAGUAACCUCACAGUAGGAAUACGGAUUAGGCCUUUGAAUUCCAAGGAAAUGAAUGACUCGAAAAUUACAUCAGUUGUACGAGGAAAUGGCCAGAAUGUUAUAGUGGAAUGUGAAUCAGCACAGCACACUUUUACAUAUGACCAUUGUUUUGUUUCUUAUCAUGAUCCACAUACACCUGGUCAUGCUAGUCAGGAAGUUGUGUUUCACAAUAUGGUAUUACCUUUAGUGCAAAAUGCUUUUGAAGGUUACAACGUUUGUUUAUUCGCUUACGGACAGACGGGAUCUGGAAAAAGCUAUAGUUUAAUGGGUACAGAAUUGACGCAGAUCGGCACGAUGCCAUUUGAAGAGAAAGUUGGUAUCAUACCGAGAUUCUGUCAAGAAAUAUUGAUACGAGCGCGUAAUAACUUGCAAAUUGAGACCACUGUAGAGAUAAGUUAUUUUGAGAUAUACAAUGAAAAGAUACACGACCUAUUAGCAAGCACAAGUAGUGGGUCGAAAAAAGCUCCUCUUAAAGUGAGGGAGCAUCCUGUUUUCGGACCUUAUGUCGUAGAUUUGAGCCAACAUUGUGUACAAAAUUAUAAAGAUUUACAGGCUUGGCUUAAAGUCGGAAAUUCUCAGAGAGCUACUGCUGCAACUGGUAUGAACGAGAAAAGUUCACGAUCUCACAGUAUCUUCAGUAUUAUAUUAACGCAAACACAUUCGGACAAUCAAUUGGAUUGCAAGUCACUUGACGCCAAUCGUCGCAGCAAGAUUAACUUGGUUGAUUUAGCUGGCAGCGAGAGGUUGAGUCAAACUUCUGCAACUGGUGAUAGAUUAAGGGAAGGCGUAUCUAUCAAUAAAUCUUUGCUCACCUUGGGGAAGGUAAUCGCAUCACUUACAGAGAACACGAACAAUCGUAAGCAGGGUUUUGUACCAUAUCGCGAGUCAGUAUUAACGUGGCUACUAAAGGAGAGCUUGGGAGGAAAUUCACGGACGGCGAUGCUCGGGACGAUAUCACCGGCCAACAUCCAUAUAGAAGAAACUUUGGCUACUCUUCGAUAUGCAUGCCAGGCUAGAGCAAUAGUCAAUCGAAUUCGUGUCAACGAGGAUCCGCAUGACCGGCUAAUACGCGAAUUGAAAGCUGAAGUUCUACGUUUACGUGGGGUACGUGAGGGCUAUGAAAAACAACUUGGAGUUAUACCUCGUCGACUGCUCGAUUGUAUCGAGCCGAUUCAUCAGUCUGACGACGAAGUUCAACGAAAGCAAAGAGAGAUUGAUAAACUGAAGAAUCAGUUGAAGAAAACGGAGGAACAGCUGGCCACUACUCAGAUGAGUUGGCGCGAAAAGUUUCAAAAAGCAGAGGAGAGAAAGAGCACCGAGCUGAAAUAUUUACGUCGUUGCGGAAUCGCUAUCGAGAUCGAUUUUCAUGAACGGGAUAAGCAGCCUUGUCUCGUAAACCUUGCAGCUGAUCCUAUGUUGUCGGGCACACUUUUGUAUGUUUUACCUCCAGGUCUGGUUAAUGUUGGUAGGAAUAGCGGAUCGGAAACUGUCCGCAGAAAAGUGGAUAUCAUGUUGGAUGGACCUCUUGUUAAAGAGUUACACUGUUCCAUCGAAAAUAACGAGGGAAAAUUAGUUUUGACGCCUGAAAUGGACGGUGAUACAUACGUCAAUGGUCAGAUAGUAACUGGAAAAGUUAUGCUUAAACAUGGAGAUCGCCUGGUCAUUGGUGGUAAUCAUUAUUUUAAAGUCCUAAAUCCAUACGAUGAACCGUGUAACAUCAAGCUUUCCGCACAGGCAAUCGACUACGAGUUUGCACAUCAGGAAAUUCUUCGAAUACAAGAAGAAAAAUUAAGAGCAGAACUGGAGGAAUCGAAACAAAAAGCAAUAAAAGAACUGGAGAACGCCAAGCGAGAGGUAGAAUUGCAACUUGGUUCGCAAAAAUCAACGUACGAACGCAAAAUCGAAGUCCUUGGCUCUACUUUAGAAGAACAGAAGCAUGCACUCGAGCAGAUUAAUCGUAGGAAAAAAGAAUUAGAAUUAGAAAAAGAACUACUCGUCACAGAAGUGGAGACGAAUAAUAAGAUCAAAAAGAUACAACUAGAACAGAGCCAUGCGAAAUUGUCACCAUACAAAUCGAAUUUUUUGCAAGAAUUAGAAAAAAUUUUGAACGAGAAAACAGCAGAUAUCGAAGUCGCGCUUAAGAUGAAGCUUAGUAAGGAAGCUAUGAACACUGGUGGAAUUAGUUUGCACGAGAUGCAGAUAUUCGUUAAAGAAGCGACUCAGCGUUGCAAAGAAUUCGGAUUCGAUUAUGAAUUCGAUCAACAACAAAUAAUAGUAAAAAAGAAACUGCAGCCAGUGGUGCGCGUUCGCGAUAGAACACGGAUGAUGGAAACAUUGUUGCAACCGAUGGACUUUCUCGAUUGGGUUCAUCAUUUGAGGAAUUGUGAUAUUGAAGAUUCAAUGAAGGAAUUACGAGAUCUUGAUGGUGAUUGGGAACCUUACGAUGAAACGGAAGUGUUUGAGGACUCUUUGAACAAUAGUCGAAUCUCGAUAAAUAUAGCACCUAUGAAGAAGGAAAUGAAUGAGAGUGUUCAUCAAUUUUCCAUGGAUGAAUCUAUGCUAGAAGCGACAUUGCACGAUCAAACAUCCAUCAUAACAUCACAUAAUCAACAAGAAGAUAUAAAUGUGUGUCUUACUCAAAUAGAAGUGGCAACAAAAACGUUGAACAAGUUGUGUCACCAGUACCAAACAUACAAUACUACACCGAUUGUCCAAUCAUUAACUAAAAUGCAGGAUGUUGUCGAGACGUUAAAGAACAUCUUUCAAAGUAAAGACCUCAAUGAGUGCGAAGAGAUGAGCACAAAUUCUAUAAGCAGCGCUAACGACACUGUUAUUGAGAUAUCUAAUAUACAAAAUAUCAUCCAAAAAGAAAAUCUUGAGUAUAAAGAAAAAAGUACAAAUUCAAUAGACAACGCCGAGUCUAGUGACAAAACAGAAGGCGAUGCUAAAAGUUAUUUAAAUCAAAAUACGCUGCCGACUAAAUCUAACGUGCAAAAUAAUGUUGCGUUAGAUGCAAAAGCCGCGAACGUUCCAAAGAAUGUGAGAUUUGACGAAACGAGAAAUCAGUAAACUUAGUAAAAGAAAAGGGACUUAAAACUUAGUUAUUAUUUUUGAACAUCGCUAUUCAAAAACAUUUCAUGAGGAAAAUGAUAUCGGAGUAAUAUGAUAGAUGACAUUUUAUAUCUUAGAUGUAAGCAGAAUCGUACCAAGCAUUUUA